UGCUGAGAGUUUUGACUGUGUACAGCCUGGACUGGAGCAAAUUCUGGCCUGUACGUUCACUUUAAAAGAUUGACCGGAAUAAGUUGUGGCCCGGUUUCCGCCAAUGAUGAGUAAUAAUCAAUGACUUUAUCCAGAGCAAACAUAAUCUGCCGGGACUGACUGCACUCCACAGGGACAGUUUAUUUUUAUUUCAAAUUUCAGAAAGAUAAGUUGACUAUCUAUGCUUGCAACAAAUCGACAGUACCUGCAAACAAGCUAAAGAGUCUGUGUGUUUGAAAACUAUUCGCCAAUUGAAGCAGGGGUCACAUGUGUCUGCCUGCGACAGGAGGAACAAGGAGGGAAGAAAGAAAAUCUAAAAAGUGGGCCAUGGCAGCUGAUCUAGAUUUGGUGAACCUGCUAAUCAUUGCAGGGGGAACGCUGGCUAUUCCCAUCCUGGCCUUUGUUGCUUCUGUACUCCUCUGGCCCUCAGCACUCAUUAAAGUCUAUUACUGGUACUGGAGAAGGACUCUGGGCCUGCAAGUGCGCUACGCAGACUGUGGUGGCUAUCGUUUCUGUUACUCCUACAGAGGAAAGCCUGGAACAAGACCCUCCAUUUUAAUGCUGCAUGGCUUCUCUACUCACAAAGACAUGUGGCUGACUGUUGUCAAGUAUCUACCAAAACAUCUGCACAUCGUGUGUGUGGACAUGCCUGGCCAUGAGGGAACAACACGCACCAGCACAGAGGAUUAUUCCAUUAAGGGGCAGGUCAGAAGGAUUCAUCAGUUUGUGGAAACCAUUCGCUUAAGUAGGAAACCUUUCCAUCUGGUUGGAACCUCCAUGGGGGGAAAUGUAGCCGGGGUUUAUGCAGCCUGCUACCCUUCAGAUAUCUGUAGCAUGACUCUCAUUUGUCCAGACGGUAUAAGACAUCCAUGUGAGACCAAAUUUGACAAUCAUCUGCAGGACCUGGAGCACAGCAAUUACACAUUAAACAUCCCGCUGAUCCCUACUACACCCGAAGAGAUGGAGGACAUGUUCAGACUUUGUUCUCAUGUUCGCUUUAAAAUCCCCCAGCAGAUUCUCCAAGGAUUGGUAGAUGUACGGCAGCCUCACAACACAUUUUACCAAGAAGUAUUUAUGGAGAUUAUUGGUGAGAAAUCAAGAUAUGCCUUACAGGAGCACUUACAUCUGAUCACUGCACCUUUACAAGUGAUAUGGGGCAAACAAGACCAGGUGGUGGAUGUCUCUGGAGCUACAGUCAUUGCAGAGGUGUUGCCUGGAUGCAGAGUGGACCUGCUGGAGAACUGUGGACACUCUGUGGUGAUGGAGAGGCCUUGUCGGACAGCCAAACUCAUCCUGGAGUUCAUCAUCUUACAGCAAGAUGCCAGGGGCGGCACAAAGAAAUCUUCCUGAAUCAAAGACUUUCGAUCAUUUCUGCAAUGCUUCACAUGUUCCUUGUACGUGACAUGCAUAUGUAG